GUGGAAUUGAUUUUUCGUUGAUUCGUGAUUGGAAAACAUACCAAAAAGGUUUUGGUAAUUUGAAUGGUGCAUUUUUCAUUGGUUUAGAGAAAUUAAAUGCUAUAACUCAAUCUGAACUACAUGAAUUAUGGUUUGAUAUGGAUGAUUUCGAAGGAGAGAAACGUUACGCAAAGUAUGAUUCAUUUGCCAUAGGCGAUAACUCCACUCAGUAUGAUUUAAAAAUUUUGGGAAAAUAUAGUGGAAAUGCUGGUGAUUCAUUCACUUCCCAUCAAGGUAUGAAAUUUUCAACUGUUGACGUUGACAAUGACCAUUGGGAAGACAAUUGUGCUGAUCUGUUUAAGAGUGGUUGGUGGUUUUCAGAUUGCUAUGAGAGUAACUUGAAUGGUAAGUAUUUGAAAGACAACAAUAGCGGCGUAGAAUGGAUAAGCUGGCAUGAAGACUAUUCACUAAAGAACGUUGUAAUGGCUAUUCGACCAAUAACUUAAUACAAGAUGAUAUUAAUUUCAUAAUUGUUGAUUUUUUAUAAUUUUCAACUUAUUUACUAUUUGUAUUGAACAAUAAGUAACAUUUUUAAUAAAUUUAAAGUACA